AUGAGUACGCCACCACAACCCACCGCCAAGCAACAGCUACAACCACCAUUCCCCAAUAAAUAUAACGCACGUCUUGUCGCACAACAAGAUUCCAAACCGUGCACGAUAUGCUUCAAGCCAUCAACGACGGUACUACUAGCUGACAACAAUGCCGAUUUCUUCUACACUUGUGCGCAACACUUGAGAGAUGAUCAGUUUGCAUCGCCUAUACCACUGGAUGAAUACACUGCGUUGCAAAAACAAGUGGAUGAGUUGCGUCUGCAAGUGGACAAAUUGCGAGUUGAAGUUGAAGCUGCAAAACCGUAUUUGUGGGGGAUCAGUUCGUACUGGUCGACGUCAAAAGAGAGAACAUCCACUGCUGACAACAAAUCAGAUGAGAGUAGUGAUAAAUAUAGUAACAAAGAGAAAGAGAAGAAGCAAUCAGAUUCCACCACUGCAAAACAGGAUUCAACCACUUAUGAAUCACUAAAAGCAAAAUUACUCAAAACGGAACAAGAACUAGCCGAAAAGCAAACGGAACUAACGCAAUACAAGUUCAAGAAAUACACUUUGAAUCAACAAGUCUAUCGAAAUAGGUUGAUGUUGAAUCAAAAGAAAAUUUAUAAUAAACAACGUACUGAAAAGAUUCAACAACCGGGGUUCUUUCCCUCAGCACCCCAUCACAACAUUGCUUAA